AUGGCUUCAAAAGUCGUCGACGUCCACACCCACGUCUACCCACCCCAAUACGUCUCAAUCCUCAAAUCUCGCUCAAAGGUCCCGUAUGUCCGCGACACCACCCCGGGCCAACCCUCCCGUCUCAUCAUCCUUCCGGGUGAAGAUGACCCUUCAAGCGAAAGCACCGCCAAGGGCCGUCCAAUCGGCCCGGAAUACUACGAUAUCAACAAAAAGAUCGAAUUCAUGGAUACCCACGGAAUCGAUAUCUCUGUGAUUUCGUUGGCGAAUCCGUGGUUGGACUUUUUGGACCGUGAUGAAGCAAAGGGGCUUGCGAGGGAUGUGAACGAUGCUAUCGAUUCCAUGUGUGAUGCGCAUCCAGGACGGUUAUUCGCCUUUGGAGCUCUUCCGUUGUCUGCACCCUCGGAAGUCAUUGUCGAAGAAAUCCAUAGGCUUCCGACUUUAAAAUACACUAGAGGUAUAAUCAUGGGAACCAGUGGCCUAGGGAAUGGUCUCGACGAUCCAGAGUUGGAUCCAGUAUACCAGGCACUCGAACAGGAGAAUAUGACGAUAUUCCUUCAUCCACAUUAUGGUCUUCCGAAAGAAGUAUUCGGUCCCAGAGCAGCCGAUUAUGGUCACGUACUACCUCUAGCACUCGGCUUCCCAUUGGAAACAACGAUUGCGGUGACAAGAAUGAUCCUUAGCGGUGUAUUCGAUCGAUUUCCAAAGCUAAGUGUGCUCCUCGCACACAGCGGUGGCACACUACCAUUCCUUGCUGGAAGAUUAGAAAGUUGUAUCCUCCAUGAUGCGCACUAUAGCGGGCCGGAGGCGAAGGUAGAAUCCAGAAGAAGCGUAUGGGAUAUCCUCAAGACGAAUAUUUUGUUGGAUGCUGUCGUAUAUUCGGAACUAGGCGUCAGGGCUGCGGCGAUAGCUAGCGGCGCAGAUAGAGUACUAUUCGGAACCGAUCACCCAUUCUUCCCGCCACUAGAAGCCGCCGAAGGCGAAGAAGAACAGAAAUGGUUGAGCGUUACCACGAACUACAAGGCUAUUAGAGAAGCUUUUGGUCCCGAGAAGGAACAGGCAGAAGCAGUUCUUGGUGGCAAUGCAAUUCGACUCCUUAGAUUGACCACGGACUAA